AUGGCACAGCAAGAGAACACCAGCAGAUGCUCUCCGGUCGAACCAUCCCAGCCUCAGUUUCCCGAAAACACCCGAGACAUUCCGGGACCGACACGCCCAAGUGAGAUCACUGAACACGCACGCAUAAGACGCAAUACCGCCUGUGUGCGGUGCCGGGAUGCCAAAGUGCGCUGUAAUGCCAGCUCUGCCUCGGGCCAGCCAUGUCUACGAUGCUCCAAGCUCGAGCUCCAAUGCGUGUAUCCAAGACUAACCAUCGGCAUUCACUCACACAGUAAACUGGAAGAACUGGCUGCUGAAGUGCAGAAUAUCAAGGACGCCGUGGUAGCUCCCCGCCCAAUUCUUGAUCUUCACCAGCAUCACCAACCCACCCAUCUCCACCUACGAGCCCAGUCUAUUUCCACCGAGCCCAGUUAUAUACCGUCUCUGUCAACCACCAGUAUCAGUGCCAGUAACGCCAGUAGCAGCACCGUCUUCGGCCGGCCCAGGCUCUGCUCAGCCUCUAGCGAAAAUGCUGUUGUACCACCACCACUUACACCAGCAGGUAGCAAUGUCCCAUCGACAACUUGCCACACUCAGCACCCUGCCGAGCCAAGGGCACUCGGGUCUCGAGUCUUUUCAGGGGAAGACAUAGACUACUACUUUGAAAAGUACUUUGAGCACUUCCACCCCUACCUCCCAAUAGUUCGCACCAAAGACCCAAAUGCAUGCUACCAACGAGGGCAGGUCCUCUUUUGGGCCAUCAUCAUGACCGCCUGCCGCCGGUUCUCCCGGGACGACACCGCCUCUCGGUUUCUGAUCGACUCCCUACUGCCACAAAUAUGGAGCGCCAUCUCACAACCGCCACUAGAUCUAUCAGUCAUCAACGCUGUAUUGCUACUAGCAACAUGGCCCUUUCCCACAAUCAGGUUUUUGUCGGAUCCAUCAAUGAUCUUUGCAGGGAUAGCAAUGAACUCGUCCUUCUUGAUGGGACUUCAUACCGGCAGGGGAACCCAUUCGGAGUUCAAGCAUGCCACCGAGGUGAAUGACACGACAGACGAAGAGGCUACUUUUACUUGGGCGGGAUGUGCCAUCAUCUCUCAUCGGGUGUCGGCAUACAUGGGCUGCCCAUCAGCUAGUUCAUUGUUCAACAAGACAGUCGACCAGUUGCUCGAUGGCAGCAGUCAGUUUCCACUACCCAGGUAUUUUUACCUGCAUUUGGAAACAGCGCGGUUUGCGAACCGGGUGAGCAGGACCAUGUGUGCUUCGCUGGAGGAAGCUCAGGGGGUGAGCCAUCACUUGGUGGCGUACAUGGAGGAGGAGUACACCAAGGUUCAGAGGCUGUUGUAUCCAGACAACUCAGACCUCGACCAUUUCACCCUUUUGUCUACCCUCCUGGAGAUCCAAACUUAUUACUUCAUGCCUUUGCCCGGCUACAACCCCGAACUCCUCAAAAGGAACCUCAUCAAAUGCUACACCACGGCCGAAUCCCUUAUCCACCAAGCGGCCUCGAGACUACACCGGGAAACAGCCUUUCUGCACUACGCUCCUCACUUUGUGUUUCGGACUCUUUUGUCGGCGAUCUGCGUGGUGAUGAGGGUUCAUUUGUCUUCUUAUACCAAGGGGUUUCAGGCAGACACUGUUGACGCGCUGAUCAAGGAAGCGAUUAGAGCGCUGAGGAUAUGUUCUGUGCAAGAAGGGGACUUGCAUGUGAGAUGUGCGAGCAUGCUGGAAAGUUACUGGGAUAUGAGAAAAAGGUCGAAUCACUGGUGCAGGACGGGGGUGAGCGUGUAUACACAUCGUCUGGGGGCGAGCUUGACGUUUGAUUGCUUGAGGAGGUGGAAGAGGGAUGUGGAGGAUGCAAGGGAUAGUGGGAGGGGGGUGAUUGGGCCUGGGGGGACGGAGGGGGGUGAGGAUGGGGGGAAGAAGGUGGAAAAUAACAAUGUGAAUGUGGGAGGGGUUGAGAGGGUUGGUGAGUUUGGACGACCAAAAACAGAAGAACAAUAUGAGGAGAUGCUAACCGAGGGUGUUUGA